UUCACUCCUUUCUCACCACCUUUGUCCCCUGAUCUCCAUCAAACUCCAUCAAUCUCCAUUAAUCCUUCAUUAACUUGCAAAUUUGGAAGCUACCCAGAAGAGAAGAGAGAGUAUUAGAGAUGGGUUUGUGGGUUUUGAGAGUGUUUGUUGUUGUUGUUGUUGCUGUAUUGUUUUUGGGGGUUGUAUCAGCGGAGAUCAACAACCAAGUGCAGGAUGAGAAUGUGAUUACAUGGGAUGAUAUGAGGGUGGAUUUGACGAAGGAGAAGAUGGGUUUGAGAGAGGAGCGAAAUCGGAGUAGGGUGAUUGUGGUGGAUUGGAAUGGUAGUGGUGAUUCAGUUACAGUUCAAGGUGCUGUCGAUAUGGUUCCUCUGCAUAAUUCUGAGAGAGUGAAAAUUUACAUUCUUCCUGGAAUUUACAGAGAAAAGGUGCUUGUUCCAGACUCCAAGCCUUACAUCUCCUUCAUCGGAGACGAAAAUCGAACCUCUGAAACCAUCAUCACUUGGCACAACAAAGCCUCUGACAAAGACAAGGAUGGUUCUGAAAUAGGAACCUUCGGAUCAGCCUCUGUUGAAGUAGAAUCCGAUUACUUUUGCGCCACUGGAAUCACCAUUAGUAACACAGUGGUUGCAGUUCCCGGAGGCUAUGGCAUGCAAGCCGUGGCAUUAAGGUUAUCGGGUGACAAAGCCAUGUUGUACAGGGUUCAGAUUUUGGGGGCACAGGAUACAUUACUAGAUGAUAACGGAUCACACUAUUUUUACCAAUGUCACAUUCAAGGAACGGUUGAUUUCAUAUUUGGCAGCUCUAAAUCGCUCUAUCAAGACUGUGUUCUUCACUCGACUGCCACAAGAUUUGGAGCAAUCGCAGCUCAUCACAGGAAUUCAGAAGACGAGGAUACAGGAUUCUCUUUCGUAAACUGUACGAUCAAUGGAACGGGGAAUAUCUUAUUGGGAAGAGCUUGGGGAGAUUACUCACGAGCAAUAUAUUCGUAUUGUGAUAUCGACAAUAUAAUAAUUCCAUCUGGAUGGAGCGAUUGGGAUCAACCAUCUAGGCAAAAGACUGCUGUGUUCGGGGAAUACAAGUGCAGAGGCAAAGGAGCAAAUAGAAGGUAUCGAGUGCCAUGGUCGAAGAAUUUCAGUUAUGAGGAAGCAAGGCGUUUUCUGGAUAUGAAAUUCAUUGAGGGAGAGCAAUGGCUGAGACUAUAGUAGUGUUUGAUGUUGUUUAUAACUCUUGGAUGAGAGCAGGUACAGUGGGGGUUGGGGAUAGGAAUUCUUUUGUACAGAAGGCUAAAACAGACUAUAUUUAGGGCAGAGAAGUUUUGAGCACUAGUUUCUUUUGUUUUCUUGAGUGGGAAUUGAGGGUUAGUUUUGGAAAAUGCAUUUGUCUAUUUAUUUAUUUAUUUUAUUAUUUUUUUACUUUUUUAGAAUUAGUUUUAAAAAAGUUACUAUUUAAGGCAAAUAAUAAAAAUUUACUUUUUUUGUUAUGAGAAAGUUCGAGGAAGCUCAUGUCUUUUUAUUUUUUUGCUUUAGUGAACUGUUUUCUGAUUUUUAUUUAAUUUUUCCUUUUAAAACUUUUUAGAUUCUUGGGCAUGAAAAGUAAACA